CUGUUUUGGAGAUUGAGAGGGAGAGAGGUAGAGAAUGUGUGAGAGAGAGAGAGAGGGAGGGACUGUUUAGGAGAGAGACCCUGAGUUGCUGACGGCUUCACGAACACCACAGCCACCACCACCACCACCACCACACUCUGCUCUGCAGCAUGCGCUGUGCCAUGCUUUGGUGCCGCGCUGGUGAUCGCGCAGCCAGCCGUGGUUAUGGAGAGGAUGCCUAGCUGUCGUGCUCCGGAGCGGAACCUAGAGAGACACUUUCAGGACGACUUUGGCGCAACCUCCCAGCAAGAUGGGAAAUGCCUCCGAAAUGAAUUUGCUUGUGUCAAGCAUAUCCAAAGAGAACGACUUUCUCAUGGCCACCAUUUACACUAUUUUUGGUGUGCUGUCUCUGAUGGGGAAUGGCAUCCUGCUCUUCGUGGCCUACAGGAAGAAGUCGUCGCUGAAACCUGCAGAGUUCUUCGUGGUCAACCUGGCCAUCAGCGACCUCAGCAUGACCAUCAGCCUCUUCCCCCUGGCCAUCCCGUCAGCACUCGCUCACAGGUGGCUGUUUAACCCGUCGCUGUGCACUGUCUAUGCGUUCUGCGGGGUGCUGUUCGGCCUAUCCAGUCUGACCAACCUCACUGUGCUCUCCUCCGUCUGCUGGCUCAAAGUCUGCUGCCCCAACUAUGGUAACAAGUUCUCCUACUGGCAUGCCUGCCUGCUGGUGGCGGCGGUGUGGUGCUAUGCCAUGGUGUUUGCCCUGGGCCCCCUGAGCGGCUGGGGCCAGUACGGCGCCGAGCCCUAUGGCACGGCGUGCUGCAUCGACUGGAACGCCCCCAGCCACAGCCGGGCGGCCAUGAGCUACAUCAUCUGCCUCUUCUUCUUCUGCUACAUUGUCCCCUGCACCGUCAUUGCCCUCUCCUACGCCUUCAUCCUGAUGACCGUCCGGGGGUCCCGCCAGGCCGUCCAGCAGCACAUGUCCCCGCAGAACAAGGUCGCCAACACACAGACCCUCAUUGUUAAGCUCUCUGUGGCAGUGUGCCUUGGUUUCCUCAUUGCGUGGAGUCCCUAUGCCAUCGUCUCCAUGUGGGCAGCGUUCGGAGACCCACAGAAUGUGCCGCCGAUGGCGUUUGCCCUGGCAGCCAUGUUCGCCAAGUCCUCCACCCUUUACAAUCCCGUCAUCUAUUUGGUGUUCAAGCCCAACUUCCGCAAGUCCCUGUGCAGGGACGUGGCCCUCUUCAGGGGCACGCUGUGCGCCUGUCUGUUCCAAGCGGACCCCAUCCAGAAGGGUGCCUGUGAACAAUUGCAGCUCAAUGUAGAGCAUGACUCCGCGAGGCCGCCCAAUGGGCUGCAUGACAGCCAGUCCAGCAGACAAUGUCCCGAGAGCGGCUCUGGGGAACACUGCAGUGACACUCCCCAGAAGACCAAGAGAAUGCUGGCGGGGUCGCUGAACAGCGAGCUGACCGUAAGUCAGCUCUCCAACGAGGCGCAGAGCGACUUCCUCUAAAAACAAAAGGGGUAAAACGCCAACACGUCACCACACGACGUGUUGAGUUCACAAACAAGGUGUUAAGCAAUGGAACAAAAACUCUAAUUGGAAGUCAAAACAGAGAAAGGUCAAUGUUUGGAGGUUGUCUCGGUUUUGGCUGUGCUGUUGCAGAGAUAAUGGUAGGAGACUGCACAGUGCCGGGGCCUGAAAGCAAGAAGUGCAAGGGAUGGAGUAACGCAGUGUUCCUUGUUUUGUUCAGGAUAUAUAAACAGAUCAAACUCAGUCGAUCAACUCAUUCACUCAUGGCAAGAAGGGGUGUUCAGAAGAGGAUAUGAACAAAUGUAUUGAUACAGUGGUCAGGCUGCUACACCGGUUUGAUUUCAAACCUUUACAGAAACUUUGUCUAUGGAGGUUGGUGUCCGGACAGGACGCAUCAACUUGUCUUCACAUCGAUUCCUGGAAUAAUCCUGUUUAGCAGUGCUAAACAGGAUUAGCACUGCUAAACCCAAGUUUGGGUUUGCUGUUGGCCAAGAAGGUAUACUGACAGGAUCCGAGAUGAAUGGCCGGCCAUAUCAUGUUUGUUUGGGUACCCCCGGGCAGGGGGUUUCCCGAAGAGAGCCAUUCCAUGCAACGUGCGUCUGCAGAUUCCCAGCCUUCAGCGACAUGAUUGAGGAAAAUAUAUUCGGAGCGAAGAAAAUGAAAAGCCCCGUUCACUCAGCUUUAAGCUUGUCUGCCAUCAGUCAUCAGAGGUUACUCUAAACUCUGAUUCGUGAGAUGUUGAAAGAAGAGCUGUAUGAUCUUUUCGGAGAUCAAAUGGAUGUUUAAUGCCUCAAAUAUAUGUUAAAGUCUAAAAAGAGAUGACUUGAAACCAAAUAAGUGUAAAGCUCAAAAAUUGUGCAAUCGGAUUUGUGAACAUAAAUAUUCUAUCAGGGGAGAUGAGCGAUGGCAAAAAGCCAUCCAAAAAAGUCCAUAGUCCAUGGUCCAUGGUCAAAAAGCCAUGGAGAGAAAGAGAGAGAGAGAGAGAGAGAGAGCGAGAGAGAGAGUGAGAGUGAGAGAGAGAGGUCUUAUCCAGUGGAUUAGUGGGCAGAAAAUGAACCUCAUUAUUACAGAAACGUGUUCAGGAUCAUCCGUUCUGGAUGAUCAAACCACUGUAACUCUCUCUCCUGGCUUGACUUCACAACAACUCCCAUUACCAAUAUAAUUAGUCCAAAUUAAUUUAUUGUAGUGAUUCUGCAAAAGAGCGUUUUUAACAAUAGUGUGCCUGCAGUACUGCACUUUCGUCUUUAUAAUUAAUGUUUUUCCUGCAACUUGUCUAAUAACAAAUGUAAAUGUCUCAUCACAAAGACCAGGGUGCUGUAUUGCUGUUGUUUACAUCUGUGGUGGACACAUUCAAGCUGAAUCUGAAAUAUCAAAGUCAUUUUGAUAAAUGAUAUUGGUCGCAGGGAUUUAGUAAAGAUAGCAGAGAAAGUUACACAAUUUGAUAACCCAGACUGGGGUUCCAAUUAAGUUCCUCUUACAAGGCCGCAAGUCAUAGUGAGUCAGUAUUUCUGUACCUGUUUACAGUUUCACUCAUUGAUAAAUAUUGGGCUUGAUUCAUUGGUUCUCAAAACAUUAUUAAAAACAAUCUUAGUACUGGUUCAUUGCAACAGAAAUUGAUAAUCAUCAUAACAUUUGAUGAAAAACGACACAGGACUAACUUAACAUUUGCCCGGUUUUUGCCGUACUUCUGUGGAAGUGGUCAUGGAUUUGAAGGAGCAUACCUUACACAGGGUAAUUUUGGACUAAUUGGAGAUACAAAGUGUGUUUACGUGACUGUCAAGAGUGUAUCUCGCAAUUGGUUCUUCAAGAUAAUACCUCCAAUGCAAUCUGGAUGUCCAAACAUCUGGUCCUCUACAGCUCAUGACUGCGGAUCCCCUUUCUGCCCACGCCGGCCGGUAGAGCAGGUGUGUAGGCCUAUCUCUAUAGUGAGCUUGUUCAGCUCCCUGAAGACCCACAGAAUGAUCCAGAUGGAGGAUAAUGAUAAGUAAUGAUAGUGACGAUGUUGAUGAUGAGUGCAUGGCUUUAGUAUAGCCGUCUUCAGACCUUGCCGGCUCAUUUCACUGCAAGCCAUAUAGAUAAUAAGUGGUGACUGAUUUAUCUGAAUGGAGAGAUUUCUAAAUUGGCGUGCAUGGUCAUUCCACCCUUACAAAAACCAUGGUUUCCCUUUAAUGGUUGCUAAAUAAUGCAUUUCUGUAUGAAACAUUGAAUUGAGUGCAUUAUGGUGCCUUCCCUUCCCAUCUUAUUUGUAUUACUGAUGAGUAUUGUCAAAUAGAUCCAGCCAGAGUCGUGUGUUCAUGGAAUGAAGAUAAGCCUGAGGGAGACCAGAGAAGAAUGCACAGCUAUCAAUACUUUUCUUGAAGUAGAGAAAUCAAGUAAUCCAGCAAAUAUGUAUGUUUUGUAGGGACUUAUUACUUUGGAAUUGUCAUAACACUCAGGAGUUGCAGUAGGAAGGGAGAAGGGUGGAAAGGUAUGGUAAUUGUAUAACUCCUGGAGUAGUCACAUGGUACAGAACUACAGGCUCCAAUAUCAUACUUUGUGCUUGCAAAAAACAGAAUAGGGUGCUGAACUCUUAACAAAAACGGUAUUGCCUUGAUUGAAAAAAAUGCUUUCAAUCAAUCAAGGAAAUAUUUUCUUCUUAGUAAAUUAUUACAAAUAUUAUACUAUAAUGUAUAGUUAUAAUAAUGAGCAAUAUUAUUUAAAUUGCUUAUAUAUGGUAUAGUUGUCGAUUCUAUGUGGUUACAAAGGUAUCUAUGUGCAUGCUAAACUGUGCGGAAAUUAUAUUGUAGUCUUGUAUCCCGAAUAAUAUGAGGAAUAUAAAAUGUGCCUCAAGCCAUCGAACGUGGAUUACAUUGAGUUUGUGUUUGUGGAUGCAGGAGAGCUUCUCCAUACCUUCUGCGUAUCAAAUCAGGGCAUGAUCUUAGUAAAGUGGAUUUGUUCCACCAGAAACACCAACGAUUUGCCUUAGCUCUGUAUAACCUUGUGAUUUAAAAAUACCUACCAAACAUUCUAUGUAGUGUUUCGUCAAACAGCAGGGAUAUGCACUCCUAUCCCAUUCACACACUUGCACACGCACACAUACGUACACACACAAACACACACACACACACAAAACCAAAUAGCUUAAAAGUAUAUAAAAUCUAACCAUCUACAUGAUGGAAUAGGCUAUGAUAAUUGACUGCCUCACAUCUAAUCAUCUUCUCACUUGCAUCACACGUCAUGCGUUGCAUGACUUAGUCAAAAUGAAAACUUUGUAUUACCCUUCCUUUGUCAUACCAUAUAGAAGCAUUGACUCUGUCUUGUGGUUCAGCAUCCUAUUCUCAUCCUAACCUAACCUCAGAGCAACGCCAUGCCAUUAAAUGUGAGCCAUAAAAAAAAAAAGUUGUAACGUUGGUUUAUCUCUUGUGACUUUGUUUGAUACCUGAAGCUGUGAAUUAUAUUAUGCAUUGUACUGGAGUGAUCAAAUCGCAUGGACCUCAUCACGGACCUUUCUCAACGGGGCCUCACCUCCCAUUGGUUGUAAUCAGGGGGAUGUGACACUUGAUCCUCUAUCUGGAUGUUGGUAUGAGUCAGAACAUUUAAAUGGAUCCACACACACACACAACCACUACUUUUCGGAUUUUGUGUCUCCAAGGGUUCAGCCGUUUAAGCUGCACUCACUUUAGCGUGUUCUUAUCCAAACUGCCAAGAUGAUUUAACACAUAAGUUGUCAGGCUUUGAUACGUACCUACUGUUAUUGGAAUACUUUAACUUCUGAAUAUUUUCAGGUUGACCAUUGGGGUUAUGGUUUAAAAUGCCUUUCUGACUAGAUUAUCAUUUUCGAGAUGGUUUGUACCAAAGGCUACGGAGCCCUUCAAGUCAUAGUUCAAAACCAGAACUUUUGUUUUCUUGAAAACCAGCAUUUGUUAUCUGUACAAUUUUUAGCCAACACACAAUCUAGAAUGUGAAAGCUUGACAUAUCAAAGGCUUGCCUUCCAAUCUAAUUUUGGACAAUGUGGUUUCUGCAAGUGACUCUUGGGCGAGCAAGGAAGUACAAACCACAAGCUCAAACUGUGAUUUUUUCUAUUCUGUUUACUCAAGGAACUCUGUCUGCACGGUUCUUAAAUUUGACAUUCUCUCACCAUGGUCAGAUUCAACUGACUCCACUUUAUCCAAUGUCAGGGAUUUUACUUGCAUGUAUAUAAAGCAUGUAUGUAUAUAUGUCUACGUACAGAUGUCAAAUAUAUAUUGUCCACCAUGCUGAUGAGCCUCAAAGACGUGCUGAGGGAGGGUGGGGGCUGGGAAUCGGAAAAUGCUUUGAUUUUAUAUCUAUUUUUCUGUAACUUAGUAUGCAUUUCCAAUGCAAAACAUCCUUCUAAAAGUGUGUCCUCUCUUGAAUGCCAUACCAAUGGUCACUCAUUUUAUUUUAGGCCUGUUUCACCAUAACAUGGCCUAGCAUAAGAUUCGAGAUCACUGUGACCCUGUAAACUAAAAAUAGUUUGUUAAAGAGUAUAUAUGGGAACCAACCAAUUCCCAACCUGUUUAUAAGCUACUUUUCUUGUUAAAAAUUCCUAUUUGUUGCCAGUUUACAAGUGAAACGUCAAAUAACCUUCUUCAUUUAAAACUUGCCUACAUUAUCCUGACAUUGGGAUUCUGUUCUAUCUGGAAGAAGCCUAGAAAAUACCCUUCCUGAAUACCACCUGAAAAGGUCCUCUAAGAUUGCAUUUAGUUAAAUGGGCUUAUGAUGCACAUAGUCUGGUAAACAUUAUGCUUUCUCUGGUACAGUAUAAUAAAUCCUAAAUGGACUGUACUACACACCCAGGCUAAUCCUCUGCAUGCAUUAUGAAUGAGUUUCGCGCUGGAAUCUCAGCAAUGCAGAGUAGAGGAUUAAAUAAACUAUGGCAAAAUCAAUAUACAUUGAUUAUUGUUUGUUCUCUGAAACGGCAAAAUGUAUACCCUGCAGUGAAUUAUGAGACUGCAAGAGGUGCGUUCAUAGAUACACAAGUGCACUAAUAUUAGAAGGAUGUUUUGGUGGUCUUUAGUAUGUAAUGUUCCAAAAUAAAGUUGAAUGUGAUGUUGUAUUGUACAUACGUGUUUCUCUAUGAAAUAAUAUAUCUAUACAUAUUGGUUUUAUAAUAUUCUUGUCAAAUUCUAAUUAUAAUUUAAAUUCUAUUAAGCCACUUUUUGUCAGUGAAGAUUCGUAUGCACUGUGAACACAUGAUGACAUAGUAAAGAGUAUAAACUAAAUGUAUACUGUCAUGUAUUUUCUUGAAAAAGAAGAAAGACACAAGGGGGGACUGGUCCUAUCUGGAAGAAGACUAAUCUUACAAAUCUGAAAGAUAAGUCUGGUAUAAGUUAAAUGCAAAUAAAUAAAAGCAACCUUCUCAA